AUGCUCGAUGAUAUCUCUGAAGACGUCCCCCCUAGGAUCCGAGGACAGAACGUCGUCUAUACGAUCGGAGACAUCGGCCCUCACAAGGUGGCUGUCGUCGGUUACUAUCAAGAGCAAGGUCUCGCCGUGUCUGGCAGUAUGGCCGCCGAAGUUGUAAGGGACCUGCCAAACCUGCAAUUGGGACUCUUGGUUGGUAUUGCUGGUGGGAUACCAUCGCCAGGCAGCGAUAUGCAACUGGGAGAUGUAGCAGUGGCUGUCCCCGAAGGUGAUCGCCCUGGGGUAGUAGGAUAUGACCUUGGAAAGGCAGUAGAAGACGACGGCUAUGAAUUGAAACACUGGCAAAACUCCACCCACCCCCUGCUGCGAUCAGUGAUUAACCUACUUCGAGCCCGGAAUGGUCUGCGAUUCCGUAGACACUUGCACGUCCUAGACACGCUAUCCGAGUUUCGGAAGCCUGAACUGGGCGCUAUACAUACCACUGAUACUCAUCCCAAGGUCCAUUACGGUACAAUUCUCUCCGGAAAUACAGUGGUGAAAUCGAAAGCCAAAAGGGAACAACUGAGAAGUCUUUAUGGCGGUAUCGCAGUGGAAAUGGAAGCUGCUGGCAUGAUGACACGGUUGCCAGUGGCUGUUAUUAGGGGUAUCAGUGAUUUUGCAGAUUCGACCAAAAACAAUGCAUGGCAACCAUAUUCAGCCAUAGUUGCAGCGGCAUACGCUAAGGAAGUUUUGCUGUGCCUGCCUCCUGAACAUCGACAAAGCCUGAGGCAUAUCUCCGGUACGUUAGCCCCGAUAAGGAAACAACUUGAGGAAGCUCUAAACUACAAGACUAAUUCUCCGCUCUUGGCAGUCUCGCUACAGAACAAUACACAACACGGGAAAUCAACAUCGUUCGCAGAUCAGGAUCUUCGUUUAGGACGGACGCUACCAGAAAAGUGGGCUUUUGUAGGAAGAAAGGAGGAAAUGGCUCUCCUGGAGAAGGAGCUGGGCUUUCCAGUACAAUCUCCCAUACAAAGGUCGGUUGUCUGCCUCUGGGGCCUCACUGGCAGUGGGAAGUCACAGUUGGCUGCUAGGUUUGUGAGCCAACAGCGUUCUAAUCACCCAGCGCGUGAGAUCUUCUGGAUAAGCGGCGAAAGUCAGGAAAGUUUUGAGCAAAGUGUAAUUGCCAUGCUAAAGUCUGGGAGCGUGGAAAAUCCUUCCUUUUCUGGGAGUUUGGAUAUGGCCGCCGAGAAGCGACGUAAUCUCGUAGAUCUGUUCUUUGCUGAGCUGGAUCAAAUGACCGAUGGGAGAUGGCUGCUAGUCAUUGAUGGAGUCAAUGGAGCCAGUCCCUCAUCGAACAAUAGGUUCCCCUCUUAUGACAUCCACAGCUAUAUUCGUGGUCUUAAUCGGGGGUAUGUUCUCCUCACUUCUAGGAGGCGCGAUGUGGUUGAGAAGUACUACCUUGGCCACGAGGUGAGAGGGUUGGAUGAUAACGAUGCACUCAGUCUACUCCAGUUGCAAGUUCACCCGCAGCUGAUGGAAGGGGCGGCAGAACUGGUGUCCAUGGUCAGAGGCCUCCCACUAACACUUCGUCUUGCGAUGUCUGUUAUAUGUCGCUAUCGUUUAUCAGCUCGGGAGUAUUUAGAGAUGUGGAAGGGGCAUUACGAAGCUUGUGAAGUCUUGGGGCCUGAUGAAACAUUAUAUCGCUCCAUGAAUCUGAGCUUUGAGGAGCUUGAAAGCGUCGACCCAACCGCUGCAAAGGUAUUAACCCUCUUCACCUUCCUCCACAAUCGUGACGUAUGGUACGACAUCUGCCUUGAUGCUACAGAGCAUAUCUAUCCGCAAUGGCUGCAAAAACUGGCUAAAUCCAAGACGCCAUUCAGGCGAUUCUAUCCUCUUUUGGCCGAUCUGUCCUUCAUUGAGAUGAAAAUCUCCUCCAAGGGUGACAGGUCAUGGGAGAUACACCCUGCAAUUCAAGUGAUUGCCAGACAACGCGCAAAGGCUAGCGAGAAAGAAUACAUAUCUUGGGUGAUCUCUCUCGUGGCUGCAAAAGUCCCCAGAUCUUUUGAGAUCAACGCCUGGGAGACUAUGCGGCGACUAGUGCCCCAUGUCGAGUUAUGUUGGAGUUACAUCACCGGAGGAAAAUGGGGACCGAACACUAACUUGACUGAACUGGAAAAGCUGGGCCAUGUGUUCAGAAGUUUUGGGAAGUACGUCGAGGCGUCGCUCAUAUACCGUAUGAUUGUACAUGGCCUGAGCAUCCAGGAUUCCACCCCGGACAAUAAUGAGUUCCUAGCUGACGUUAUCACCAACCUUGGAUUGGUUUACACGUCCCAACGAAAGUUGAAGCCCGCCCUAGACGCUUUCGAUAGGUCGUUCCAACUGAUGAGUGAACACAAUAUUUUGACGCCUAAUGCGUCCAUGUCCAUCUUGUACAAUAAGGCCGUGGUGUAUAUGAUGAUCGACAGACUAGAUGAAGCGGAAAUGCUUUUGCGGAAUGCAGCUGCGCACUUCUCGGAAGACUCGCUAAAUGCUCACGCCCUGAUGGGUAAGGAGAAAAGCAACCUGUACCUGCGCAUUCUAAACGAUAUUGGCGAAGUCUUGUUGCGAAAAGACUCUGCAUCCGAGUCACUGAAAGUUUUUCAGUGCAUUUGCUCCAGCUACAAGGACUGGCAAGAUGACCAUCAUCCGGCUCGGAUGUAUGCCGAGGCUCGAGAAUUGCUCGACAAUGUCAUUUCAGUAUAUACUGAAUGGUGGGGACGACGACACCCCGAGACUAUGCGAGUGAUUGACGAGCUGGCCUGGAGUUUCAUGGAAGAGAUUCAGAACAAACGGACAAAUGGUGAAAAUUGGGAUUCGUUGACGGGAAAGGCUGAAGAGCUUUGGAACGAAGCAUUGAUCUUCUAUCGCAAUUUCCAUGGCGAUGGGUCUGAUGUGGUGCGUCUUAUUGGAAGAAACAUGGAAACUCUAUACUCCUUGCAAGAGCCUGCGAGGAUUUUAGAGUACGACGGUUGCGAUGUCGGGUUGACGCGAAGGUGA